UUAUCGUUCUUUCUACUCCCGCUCUUUGUUCUUCGCUGAGCCGCUCCGUGCUGUCUGUGAUAAUACGAGUUACCUAAUUCGUCCACAGUAGCGGGCUGCAUGCCUCCCUGUAAAGGCUUCUGCCGUAGCAGCCGCGGCCACUGCGUUUAGAUUAAAUGAGAACUUCCGAUUCCUGUCUAUCAUUCCGUUCGUCAUAAAGUCCUUUCGUUUUGCUGCUCGGAGAAGGCGGACGCUAUGUUUAGCUUAUCUUAUCUUCACAGCGUAUAAAGCGAGACGCGAUAGACAUUUCUGGCAGGGUUUUCGUAACAGCUUCGCUAACAGUUAUGUUCACUCCCACUCCCACAUCUCGUUCACCUCCUUAGUUCCCUCGCUGCCACGUACACGUGCGCGCACGCGACCGUCAAUUUCGCAUUGAUGCCCGCGCAAGCUCCAUCAUGGCUCAACAUAGGCCGGACCUUCAACUUGGCCCUGGGCAAUUUUGGCAUGGGCCUGAUUGCCGCGCUUACCGGCGUUGCUCUACUGGACCUUGCGGAAAUCUACGAUGCCAGCAUCUCAAGCGUCUCAUUUCUCAUCACUACGCGUGGUAUCGGCAGCCUUUUGGGUUCUCUACUCGGUGGGAAGCUGUACGACACCUUCAACACGCAAAUUGUAUCCAUCCUGACCAUGACAUUGAGCUCAUUCACAGUGCUCAUGAUUCCACUGAGCGGAUAUUUGGCAGUCGCACAUGGCAUGGUGUUCUUCGAAGGUCUCAGCUUGGGUGCAUUCGCCACAGGCGCCAACGUGUGGAACAUAAGGAUGUGGCCCGAUAACAGCAGCCCAGCCCUGCAGGCGUUCCACCUGGCGUUCGGCAUCGGCGGUCUCGUCGCACCGUUCAUCGCCAGGCCGUUCCUCUCACCCGUCCCUGGAGGCAACUCGAGCGGCACGCCGAACCACACUAUCAGAAUAGCCGAACAGAUUUACCUGACUUCGAGCCACGGUAGCGAGCUCUCCGAUGAAAUGCUGGAACUUGAACGUGUCGACGAGCGCGGUUCGGGAAAGAGUCAGGUUCACUACGCUUUCGCGAUCGCCAGCGCCUUGAACGUACUGCUGGUGAUAUCCAUGGUCGUGCUUUACUUUGUGGACAGGUCCGACUUCAAGCCCGAAGACCCGACGAGCAACACUAGCGCAACAGACCGAUCGGCGAACGACGUCCGGUUCACCCGCAUAAUGCUAACGUUCCUCUGCGUCUAUUCAUUCAUAUAUGUUACGCUGGAAUGCACGUCCUCCGAGAUGUUCGCGCCGUUCGCCGUCAAGGGUGCGCUACGAUUCUCGAAGGACGCAGCGUCCCGCGUGGUCGCGGUGUUUUUCUUCUGUUUUUCCGCCGGUCGCCUGACGGGAGUCCUGUUCACGAUCAAGGUGCCCGUGUUCUGGUUGAUUGCCGCGUCGCACGUCGUCCUGCUUCCAACGGAGGUUAUGCUAGCCACUUGGGGUUCCAGCAUACCCGCGGUGCUGUGGGCUGGUAGCGCCCUCGCUGGCUUUGCCCAGGGACCGCUGAACGCGGGAGUCACGGCGUGGACUGCCAAGUACAUCACCAUCACCAACAAGAUGAUGUCGUUGGUUAUUGUUAUGGGUUGCCUCGGAUCCAUGACUCCGCCUCUCUUCGUUGGACAGUUCAUCGAGAGCCGACCCGAUGUAUUUCUAUACGUGUGCCUCGCGGCCGCUUCGCUGUGUGCUGCUUUCUUCGUCACCGUGUGCGUUUACGUUAGAAUAACGACGCGAUACGAUGAGAGCCGAGCGCUCCUCAUUAAUGCAACCGACGGGGACACUCCAGGGGAUGUGCCUUCUCCUCCAGUUUCUUUUUGAGUGCCUAAGUGCUGCACUACUUAGCAAGGCGUUGG